AUGGUAGGCACAAAGCUAGUAGCCCUCGGCUAUGUUGUCCUCUUGAGCAUUGGACUGGCCAAUGCUGCAAGGGUGGUUAGAUUCGGCAGUGGAAGCGCCACGGGAACGGGAGCGGGAGGAGGAGAGGGUGGGGGAACUGUGAGUGGUGGUGGCUCGGGUGCUGGGAGUGGAACUGGGUCUAGCGUGAGUUCUAGUAGUGGUAGCCAUGCAAGCGGUGGAGGUGGAGGUGGAGGUGGCGGCGGAGGCGGUGGCCAAAAUGGUGGAACUGGAUAUGGUAGCGGGUCCGGCUCUGGCUCUGGUUCCAGUCAAUAUAGUCAAGGAUCUUCAUAUCCUUAUGGUGGUGGCUAUGGUGGAUAUACUAGCGCUGGCGGUGCCGGUGGUGGCGGUGGUGGAGGGAAAGCUAGUGGUUAUCAAGGAUCUAGUGGAUAUGGGGCUGGUAGUGGCACUGGUUCUGGCUCAGCUACAGCUACUAACAAUUGGUAUAGACAAGGUAGUACAAAUGCAGAUGCUGGUGGAAACGGUGGUGGCAAUGGAGGAGGAAGAAAUGGUGGGAGUGGUGCAGGCAAAGGUGCUGGAUCUGGGUAUGGCAAUGCCAACCCCUAG